AUGAGUAGCAUGACUAACGUGAGCGUCGUUAAUCCUAACGGCAGUUUCAGCCCGAACAACCCGGAGGACACCCUAAUAAACGUCUCCGUGAAUCCCAAUACAGCAACUAAGAAUAACGGAAGAAGCAUUCAAUCCAGCGUCCAUAAAUACAUGUACAGCCGAAAAGGAGGGAACCUGAACGGAGGAAACCUCAACGGUAAAGGUGGUAACACAGGCGGGAUUGGCAAUCCGCAGGAAGAGAGUAACAGCAAUUGCCCAACGAGCAACUCCCCCAGUCGAAUGGGUGGCAACGUAGUGAAAGGGAUUAAAGAUGAAGAAAAUGUCGGAGACCAGGAGGCCUCCCUGGAUUCACGAAAUGGAGUAUACGCAAAUCAUUUGGGACGCCAGAAUGGCACGCACAUGAAGAACCAGUUUGCCCACUUUGCACGUGUGGCAAAUGCGAACAGAGCAAAUGGAAGUAAUCUCCCCUACGAUGCAGACCUUAUCGGUAGUGAGAACCCAGCGAAUAUAGUCGACUUUGAGAAGAAAGGCAGCACCAACAGUAGCAUUCCCCCAGGCGUUCUAGAAUACCUUAACUACUGUAGAAAGUAUGGCAAUGGGUACGGCAGUGGUGAUCAUGGAAAAGAGGAGGAAGAAGAGUUCUACACGAUGAAUGCCGUCUCCCCCAAACGUGCAGCAGCUCUAUUGAAAGAUGGCGUUAACGGUGACGACAAUACGGGGAAGGGUAGGAUUCAGAGAAGCAACAUGGCUUACCACCAUUCGUCGGGUAAAUAUUCUGAUCACCGAGUACGUGGAGGAAUUAUUCCUACCUAUGGGAAAGAAAAAAUGAUGAGUUUGGCAAAUGGGAAAAACAUGAUUAACGGGAACGUAACAUCCUCCACGACGAUGAGCAAGGAUGGUAGUCAUUAUGGAUCCUUGCGGCACGAACAUAAAAGCAGUCGACUUUAUUUGAAUAGGGAGUUUAAUCCAAUGGGGGAGGAAGAGGAAGACGACGAAGUUGACGACGAAGACGAUGGAGGGAUGAAAUGGCAAAGAUUUAAGAACAAGAAAAAGUCUACAAGUAGUGGUUACCCCAUGAUGAGUGGCACCAGCUACGGUGUAGGGAAGGCCUUCCACAAUGCUGGGGCUAUGCAUAGUGGAAGCCAUUUUGACGAUCCAAAUGAUUAUUACCACGGUGGCAUGUACAGCACGAAUGGUGGAAGCAGAAUGGGGGAUGACCUUGAAAUGGAUGAUCCCAGCGCACGAAUACAUUCUCAAAUAGGCAAGGGGGCGUACUACCAUGGACUGAGCCUCAGGGACUAUCCCAAAUUAAGCAGGGGAAUUAGCAAGAGAGGAAGAGGAGGAAGGAAGAAGAGAAGCGAGAGUGGCAUCAGAUCUAUUGCCGUCACCGGGAGGGAAGAACAACAUGCCAUACGGAGCUGCACCAGUCGUCGUGCUAGUGGUCGUGCUAUGUGUAGGAGUGUUCGACGUGGUAGUCGUUUGAACAGUCUCCGUGGAAGUCGUCGAAUCGGUCGUGGUGGAAGCGCCGUGGGGGCGGCCACCCUGGGGGCAAGCAUCAGCACCAGCGUCGACACGAACAUUGACAUGAACGUCGGUACGAAUGUCGAUAUGAAUGUCGAUAUGAAUGUCGGUAUGAAUGUCGGUAUGAAUGCCGUUACGAAUGUCGGUACGAAUGUUGGCUUGAACUACAGUGCGAGCAGUGCCCUCCCCGCCCCAACGGAUGGAAAGGCUGAACCAAGCAACUACCAUUUCUUCAAUGCGUCCUUCUCGUUUGUCAAGAAGGAAUACAACUUUAACUCCAGCAUCCGAAGGAACUAUAUUUCCUUUAGGAGCAACUACUACGGGAAUAGGAAGCUGUGGUUAAAGCUGAACAUGCGAAAACGUGCCGCUGGUGGGGGUGUUGUACCUGGUAUGUCUGGUUCUGCUGGUACAGGCGCAAGAGGUGAGGGAAGAAGCUACUACCAAAUGGGGGGCAAUUUCGGUCCAAGUGGAGACACAGAAGGAACGGCUGUGGGUUCCUUUCCGUAUGCCAGGGGAGGAGUAAGAACAGAGCAGGAAGAAAACGACGUGGUGUUGAUGAGAGAGGGGAUGACAGACGGUGAAGACGAUGAGGAAAAUUACGACAUAAACACAAACGUGAAAAGAAAAAGAAGGAAAAGAAGAAAGGGAAUACUCACAGUAGGUUAUGGCAAAACGAAGGGAACGCGUGGAAAGAAGAGACUAUGCACAGAGGAUAGGAAAAGGGCAAUUGGAGGAGUAGGAAGAGGAGGUGGUCGAGGUAGAGGAAGAGGAGCAGGAUUAAGUCGAGGAACAAUCUCAACGGCCAGUAGAUUACAUAGCAGCUCACUUGGAAUGCGUCUCACUGGUACAAUCCGCGGUAGUAGCAACGUAACCCAUAGGUAUAAGAGCUCCUCCGCAGUGCUGCACAAUGGGGAUGCAAAUAUAAUGACGAGCGAAAGGAAUGACGACGUUAUGAACAGCAACUCAGUGGAAGAAUUAGCAGACGAACCAUUCCUUAACGAUAUUUCUAGAGCGUAUCAAACGGAUGAUGAGUGCAUAUACAAAGCUAUCACCAAAAGGGAGACACAGAAGAGGAAGGAAGAAGAAACCGAAGUAGAACUCUGCUGUGAGAACACGCAUCUGUGUAAGUAUCUGAGUGAUGAUGAUAUAACGUAUGAGCUGUAUAGCAAUUAUUUUUUUAAAACAGCGGAGAGCGUCUCUGUGGCUAGCUACUUAAGGUACUUUAAAAUUUUAAACAAGAAGGGACUUAAGAUGAAGGCGAAGCGCAUGGUGCCAAAGCUCAGCUUCAACUACGAGACCUUCCUCACAUCUAUUGUCACGACUAAUGAACGGAAGACCGGUGCGGAAGCGAAAUCAGACGUGGCAAAACUGGGCAACGAAACGGAGGAUACGAAGGAGCCGGAAGGGACAAUCGACCAAAGUGGAGAAACUUGCGAGGAGAUGGAAACGAAGGAGGAUGCUGCUCCGGGAGGGGACAAAUCAGACAAAUUAGACAAAGUUGAUCAGGCUAACCAGUCCAGCACGGAGAAGCGCACCCUUGAACAGCUGCUCGAUGCAAACAGGGAGGAUCUGCUCGAGUGCACCCCAAUGAACCCCAUCUUCCUCUUCUUCAUUCAGAACAGCACCCUGGUGACAUGCUUCGAGAGCGUCCUCAAAAAGAAAGUAGUACAAACGAAGUAUAUUAGCUGCCUGAGGGGAGUGUUGCUCCAGUUGAGGGAGAAAUUUGGUGACGUUGUGUUGUGCUCCCCGCACUACCGUGGAAGGGGGGGUCGACUGGCCCACCAUUACAAUGAGGGGUACACCCAAGGAGAGUUGGAAGAUGGAGGGAAGCAUUUCAAGCAGGGCUAUGAGGGAGAAGAGAGUGGUGUCAAUACAGCAGACUUGAUCAAUUUGGCCAAUUCGAGUGAACUUAUGGGUACAUAUUCCACACGAGGGUUAAAAGGAAAAAAUAUUGAUAUGGUAGCAGAUGGCGAUGCGGGUGCAACAGCAACAACAACCAGUGGUACGGCAACCCUUGGAGGAGAAAAAAAACGAGUGAGAGGUAGUGGUCGUGGAGGUGCAUCAUCCGGUAAUACGACCAGACGAGGAAGGGGUAGUGGCUUGACUUCAGGUCGAGGAAGAGGUCGAGGAGCAGCCGCCGCAGCAGCAGCAGCUGCAGCAGCACUUGGCCCUGUCACGAAUGGUUACUCCCUGAGGAGGAAAGGACCCAAUGGAGAAAAAUUCCGUUACUUCAAUUUUGAGCAAAAAUACAACCACAAAUAUUUUAUAAACGAUGAUGCGUAUCCUACGAAGGAGGCAUGUCUGAGUGGAAAAAGAAGGAGAACUCUUCAGGAGCAGCAGGAGGCAAUGCAGUCAAUGCAAUCAUCGAUGCAGCGCUUCUACAACAGAGGAGGAGGAGAAGACUACGACGACAUGGAAGGAAUGGGACCUCACCACCAUAUGAUGAGAGGAGAUAUAAACAGAACCACCACUGGAAUCAACUACAAUGAUCCCUUAAGUGGAAGUCAUUUUUCCAUAAAGGGCGAAUUGAAGGAUGGCAAUGAGGAAAGUUACAAUUAUAACAUGGAAGAAAUGGGAAGGAAGAAAGGUGGAAGAGGAGGAAUGCACUUAAUGGGAGAUCACAACAAUGGUGAAAAUAGUGAAUACCACCAACACGGAAUAAUGAUGGAUAUAAAAGAUGAAUUUUCAUUGGAAAAUCAUCACCAUGGGUUGAGAAUGGCCACAACGACAACAACCACUCCCUGUGUUGACACGGACGGGGGAAAGAGCAGCGUAGGAGGCAUGGAAGGUGCCAACGACAUUGGCGAAAACGAGGAAGGAGAUUUGAACACCCCGUCUUCCACCAAUGAAAAUAGCAUGGUGGCCGUGGAUGGAAAAGUGAGAUACAAAAGUAAGGGUCACCAAAAAGCAGAAGGGGGAAAAAUUAAGAGGAGAAGAAGAAGCCACUUUAAUAGGAACCAUGAAAUGAUGAGAACGUAUGGUGGAAUGAUGAAGGAUAAUCCAAACAGUUACAUGUAUAAAAAUUACGGUGCUAAUAAAAAGGCAAAUAACUAUUCAUGCUUAAAUUAUAAGGAAAUAAAAGACAUGCUAAAAGAUCUGACUGUUCUGAAGAGCGGCUUAAAUUGGAAGACAUACAAAAUGGAGGACGUUCCGAGCGAACUGUAUAAGAAUAUUCGCCCGAUUAACCAGCGGGUGACGGGGUUUAAAACCGUCCUUCUUGUGGAUGAGCUUUUCGAGAGACUGUGGGAAUUCCCCAAUACGGACGUGAUCAAAGUGAGGACCGUCACCCGUGGGGAUCAGUUCAUCGGGGACGUUCGAAUCGACUUUUACUACCGCCAGAGUGAGCGCACAUUGUGCCGUUCGUGCGGCCGCCACAUACUCAAGCAGAAAUUCGCCACCGAGCACUACCAGAGGAAUAUAAACUGCUGGAAGGAAGUCAUGUGGAGACUGGGAAUCCCCGAGUUGCACUACUACAACUCGGUUCGCAACGACUUCUUCGACUCGCGCGUGCUGAACAUGGAUAACAACAACGAGCAGGUGGUGCUGGACCGAACGCUGACGCUCUACAACCAGGAGCUGAUCAAGAAGGCCACGGAUUUCGUAAACGAUGAGCUAAAGUAUUACGAGGAAAACAUUGUAACGAAACCGAGAAAGAGUAAAGGAGCCAACCAAUGCUUUGAAUUGGACAUUCUAAUCCUCGACAACAACAACAUUAUCCUCCCAACUGUGAAGAGCGAGCUAGACGAACCCUACUUUGAAAUUUCAGGCAUUUAUCCAAACAAUGGGUUCCCCGAUGGAAAUUACUCGAAAAACUUCUGUUUCAUUAAAAUAACGUUUAAUAAACUUGGAGGAAUGGUGUUACGAGAUUUGUUCACAUUAGAGUGUGAGUUCCUGGUCGACUGGGGAGAUAACCUUCUCAUACAGGCGAAGAAGUACACGUUACAUGAAGUAUACGGCACGACUGAUUCGCAUGACAUCCAAUUAAGAAAUUUGUAUGAUCAAGGAUUUGCCUACUUACGUUGUAACGUUCCGCAAAAGACCAAUGGAAAGGUACUUCUAAAAGUGAGAAUCCCCAAAACGGUAUGGCAUUACUGGGAAGCAGUGGCUGAUGAGACGCUAAAAAUCCAUUACGAGUUUUUAGACAAGCAUAAUGUGUGCAGACAGUUACUCUUCUGUUCCUACUUGGAUAACGUAAAUAAGAAUUACGGUGCCUAUGUGAAGAACUCUAAAGGAGGAGGGGCUAUCUGUGCUAGCAACUACGACAUGGACAACGAUGGAGGAAGCUGUAACAAUGACCACAGGAUGGAUCCCUCCCUGGAUCGUGGGAUAGAUCCUUCCAUCGAUCGUGGGGUGGAUCAUCGGAUAGAUCAUGGGGUAGACCACGGAAUGGACCCUUCCAUGGAAAACGAUGUAGAAAAUUCGAUGGACAACUCGAUCGAACAUUACCCCCCUUAUCACUCCCAUCAUCACUCACACCACCACCACCACAACGGAAGAGGUGAACACCACGGUAGUGAUCACCACGGCGUGCACCACUCUCACCACCACCACCAUGGAAGUGAUCACCACGGAAGUGAUCACCACGGAAGAGAUCACCACGGAAGAGACCACCACGGAAGGCAUCACCACAGGAGCGGUCACCACCACGCACACCACGACAGAAACGAAAGCAACAGUAUCUCAUACGACUAUGCAAAGAUGGAUGAAGAAUACCCUCACAGGACGUCCUACGUGGAGGGCAAAAAAUCCAAAGCAGCUAGCAGCAACGCAAACGGUAGCAACAACAACAACAACAACAACAGUGGCAGUUCCGGUGGAAAUCACCACCACUCUUCGGAACACAUCUCUGGAGGGGGAAAGGGAAUGCACUACGGAUAUAGCUCAUCCAAAUCACAAAUGAACAACCAUAGCAGCAGCGUGAACACAGGGAGAGGCAUGUACUGUCAGAACAGUUCCUACAGUAACAUGGACUACCCCCUAGUGAAUAACGCACCCCCUCAUCAGAACUUCCCCAAUUAUGGCAUGCAGAACGAUUCGGAUACCAACUACUCCAAGAACUACGAUCAGUACGGUUCGCACAUGGAUCUAAAUUACUGA